AUGAGGGCAUCUCAGCUUGUCAGCUACCUUGUUUUGACAGUGAUACAAAUUCUCUUUGGGGUUUUCAUAAAUGGCAUCAUCGUGAUUGUGAACGGUACUGACUUGAUCAAGCAGAGAAAGUUGAUCCCGCUGGAUCUCCUUGUUUCCUGCCUGGCAAUUUGCAGGAUGGGAAUUCAGCUGGCCUUGCUCCACAUUAACCUGGCUCUUCUUUCCUUGAUCACACCCCCCCAGUUUACUGAGAUGCUGGUAGUUUUCACUUUUGUGAACGAUUUGGGACUUUGGUUGGCCACCUGGCUCAGUGCCUACUACUGCACCAAGAUCGCUACUGUCGCUCACCCUCUUUUGUUCUGGUUGAAGACGAAGAUCUCCAAGUUGGUUCCUUGGCUGAUUCUUGCGUCCCUGCUGUAUGCAUGUGGUACUUCUGCUGUGCACGUCAAAUAUAAGUGGGUAUUUUAUGGAGAAGACUUCCUGGGCCUUUUCUUCCCCAACAUAACAGCUCCCAUCGAAGUAACCCCUACUUUACAGCUUGCCUUUCUGUUUGCUGAGUUUGUAUUGCCAUUGUUCAUCUUCCUGAUUUCUUCUCUGCUCUUGAUAUUUUCCUUGGGGAGACAUGCCUGGCAGGUGAGAAACACAUGGACAGGACCCAGAAACCCUAGCACACACGUACACAUCAGGGCCUUUCUCUCCAUCCUGUCCUUUCUGGCCCUUUAUCUCUGCCACUACCUGAUCGUGGCUUUGAUCUUUCUUCAGAUUUUUAAACUUAGAAGCUUCCUAUUUCUGUUCUGCACCGUCGUGGUUGGUUCAUACCACUCCGUCCACUCUAUUACUUUAAUUUUAGGAAAUCCGAAAAUGAAACAAAAUGCAAAGGCGUUGCUCCUCCUCAGAAAGUGCCGUCAGUGA